AUGGACAACGACUGGGACCCAAGACACCAAAUGAAUUACAACCGACAGGAUUGGCAAGAACAUGGCGCCAUAAACCAACUUUCAACAUCGGCAUCGCCCCCUCAUCCAUCCUAUUCCACCCAGGCCUCUCUUUCCCAACGACGCCGUUCAUCCGCUGCGCACGGUCGCCCAGCAGUACCACCUCCAAAUCUGCCCAUUCCAAGUAUACCCUCGUCGCCGCCAUCAAGGCCGGCACUUGCUGCUCACCCUGCAGCGCUUGAAGUCGCGGAGGACGGGGGCUUGCAGUCGACACAUAUAAGUGGUCGACCAGUCUACUCAAACACCUAUACACGACCGACGCCCUCUCCAAGUCUGUCAGCCGUCGCCGCUUUUUCUCAAUCACGACAGGGAGCUCCAGGUCCAUCCCAUCCUCAGCUCCCAACCACAUCGCCCCAUGAUGACCUGUCCGACCCCCCGCCCCAAUCUUUCUUGCCAUCCACCUCAGAAAAUCCAUCUUCACCUACCUCGUCCUCUCGUCGCAAGGAACGUGAAACUCCAUCGGAAGACCUGCUGCAACCACGGGCAGCCGAGCGUUCAGAUCGCAAAUCUGAGCAUAAACCUUCCUCUCGACGUGCCCUUACUCGUGCCUUGGAAUUAGCUCGCGAAGCAGUUCUUCUCGAUUCCACGAACGACAACCCGGAAGCUGCCGUUAACGCCUAUGCACAGAGUGUCGCUCUCCUGAGCGAAGUGAUGGAACGCGUCCGACGGGGCGAGGACAGCACCGACACCCGGCGGCGACGACGCCGAAGUGUAGCCGCCCAAGAAGCCGAAAUCAGGCGAUUGCAGAAUAUUCACGACACCUACGCUGAUCGUAUGAAUAUUCUCAGCAUCAUCUAUAGUAUACCCGCGGUCCCCUACACGUCAACAUCCGUUUACUCUGCAGAUUCCACUAACUCCAACUCUCCGACAACAUCUGCAUCACCGACUUCUGAUAGUUCACCGCAAAUUCCUGUUCCGAACGGAGCGCAUUUUUCAAGUGAUGAACCAGAGCAUGACACCAACGGAGAUGUUGCCAAUACCCAAGAUGGGGGCUCAAUAUACCUGCUGGAUGAACAAGUUUUGUCGAGAAACGGAAACCCACAAUUCAACUCAGUCUCUCAACAUCCCUAUGCUGCCUAUUACGAUGGUUCACAAGCGCCUCAGCCUCCGGCGCCUCAGCCAAGUCAACCAAGAAGCUCAACCAUGUUGCGGCGCAGUCGCGCAUCGUCAAACCUGCCUCCACCCCCGCCGCCUCCCAGCGAUUCAUUGCCUCCAGCGCCCGUGGUCAUUGAACCAAGACAAGAAGUCGGCACUUUGCCUCACCUUCCUAGUGCCGGAAAGCGACCUGGCCCAAUCGAGGUCAAUAAAGCUCGACGGACAUCGAACUCGCAUCUGGUUGCUUUGAAAGAGGAGGGGGAUGACAAUGGAACUUAUGAAAUCCAAUUCCGUGAAAGGUCGUCGUCGUUGAUUGACCCAGCCAGGCACCCUAAGCGCGAGUCACCGCCCUUGCCACCCUUGCCCUCCCCGCCUCCGGCCUCUGGGAGUGCGCCAACCACUCCGAGAACCAAUAGCUUCAGCAAGGCGCCGUCAUCACCCCGCCUUGCUGCAGCCACUUCCCGCCCUCGGGGGACGUCGCAACUCACCACACGGUCCGAGUUUGCUUCUCAAUCGCAGGGAUACCCUGGUACCUCCAAUCACUCGCAAGGAGUUACUGCCCAGCGCAGACCUAAAACCUCAGCGCCUCCCAGCACUCGAUCUGCUUCCCCAGCCGAUUCGACUAUCUCGACAGGAUCAAUGCAACAGGCAAGAGCAUCGGCUUUCCCUGGCGCCCCUCCGCCCCCUAUCACCACAGGUCGAAGUCGCUCUUCCUCUCAGCCCGGUCGUCGCCCGUCAAUCGCUGGAAGGUCUUCACCACCACCCCUGCCAACGAACGGCAUUCCAAGUAAUGGAAGCGUCAUGCGCAAAGCAUCGUUCCCGACUAAGCUCGUCCCUACCCUUCCAAGUUUGUCUCUUGAUUCAACGACCAAUUCUUCGUAUCUUGGGAGUGUCAUGUCACCGCACCUUCCUACCACUCCAACUUCCCCGCUUCCACCCCUGCCACCUACGGACCCGUUGCUCAAACCAUACCAUAUGAUGGGCUUACUGCGCAACACCAUCACCUCGUCAACCGGAGGGUAUAUCACUCGUCGACUUCACGUCCCAUGCGAAGUAUGGUCGCAGGGUGGUGCCAAGCUUUCCAACGUUGUUGAGAAGGUGCGGGUGGUUGCCAUCCUCUGCUCUGCGCUAGAAGAUCUCCAAAACUGUAGUGCGGAUUACUUUGGCGCUGGAAACGUGAACAACGGGAUGGCAUUGGGCAUCGGCAGCAUUGGUCGUAAGGAAGCCGAGGGCUGGUUGAGCAAGUUGGACGACUUUUCCAACAUAUGUGAUGGUGUAGUUGCUAAUUUUGGCAAGAAGUUGGGCGUGGGUGAAGGAUUUGUGUUGAAGAAAACUACUUGGGGGGACAAAUUGACCCGGCGCUUCGACAAGUUUACCAACGGCAAAAACUUGGACUCCCCGGCAGCAUACGUUCAAGGCCUCAAGAAACUCUUCGCCCAUUCACAGUUGUUGGACGAACACACCCGUGCCCUGCUUUCUCAUCCCCUGGCACCGUCCUAUGCUGCUUUCCCCAAUGACGUUCGGACCUUGGUGGAACAAAGGCUGAAGCGGUCUUCGGAAUUCUUCGCUACUGUCGUCCUGACCUUUGUGAUCCGCGACCUUUCGCAGCUACUCGACAAAUAUGUGAAGAAAUGCGAGAAAUGGCUGGCAGAAUAA